GCAUGAAGGUGGUUGGACAGGCUUCAUGCAUCCUCGCCCGUGCCUCACUUUCCCCUAUCUGGGCAAAGGUUAUGUACCCUUAUUUAAAAUCUUCCAAACUUCUAAUAAGGCAAUCUACCCUGCACUAAAGCAGACACGAAAGGGAUGACCUCCCUAAAAAUACUGCUGUUGGAAUACGUCCUUCCUCGCCGCCCCCUCGCAGUGCGGUGUGGCCUCAGUGGACGCUUUGGCGAACCUGGCGCGCGCUGCGGUGCACAGAGGGUUAACUGGAGUUGGCGCUGGGUGGAGAGGAGGAGACGCGCUCCCAUUGGUGGAAAGUUAUCCAGGGGCGGGGUCAGCGAGUAUCCGCACCCCACCCCCCUUUCCGCAACCUCCCUCUUCACUUUGUACCUUUCUCGCCUCGACUGUGAAGCGGGCCGGGACCUGCCAGGCCAGACCAAACCGGACCUCGGGGGCGAUGCGGCUGCUGCCCCUGCUGCGGACUGUCCUCUGGGCCGCGUUCCUGGGCUCCCCUCUGCGCGGGGGCUCCAGCCUCCGCCACGUAGUCUACUGGAACUCCAGUAACCCCAGGUUGCUUCGAGGAGACGCCGUGGUGAAGCUGGGCCUCAACGAUUACCUAGACAUUGUCUGCCCCCACUACGAAGGCCCAGGGCCCCCUGAGGGCCCCGAGAUGUUUGCUUUAUACAUGGUGGACUGGCCAGGCUAUGAGUCCUGCCAGGCAGAGGGCCCCCGGGCCUACAAGCGCUGGGUGUGCUCCCUGCCCUUUGGCCAUGUCCAAUUCUCAGAGAAGAUUCAGCGCUUCACACCCUUCUCCCUCGGCUUUGAGUUCUUACCUGGAGAGACUUACUACUACAUCUCGGUGCCCACUCCAGAGAGUUCUGGCCAGUGCUUGAGGCUCCAGGUGUCUGUCUGCUGCAAGGAGAGGAAGUCUGAGUCAGCCCAUCCUGUUGGGAGCCCUGGAGAGAGUGGUACAUCAGGGUGGCGAGGGGGGGACACUCCCAGCCCCCUCUGUCUCUUGCUAUUACUGCUGCUCCUGAUUCUUCGUCUUCAGCGAAUUCUGUGAGCCAAGCAGACCUUCCCUCUCAUCCCAAGGAGCCAGAGUCCUCCCAAGAUCCCCUGGAGGAGGAGGGAUCCCUGCUGCCUGCACUGGGGGUACCAAUUCAGACCGACAAGAUGCAGCAUUGAUGGGGGAGAUCAGAGGGUCUGAGGUGCCUCUUGCAGGAGCCUGUCCCCUCAUUACAGGCUAAAGAAGAGCAGUAGACAACCCUGGACACUCUGAAGCAGAGGCAAGACAAACACAGGCGCUUUGCAGGCUGCUCUGAGGGUCUCAGCCCAUCCCCCAGGAGGACUGGGAUUUGGUAUGAUCAAAUCUGCAAGCCAGCUGGGGGCCCAGGCUGAAGACCUGGGGACAGGUGGAUUGCUGGACCAGGGCAAAGAAGAAGCCCUGCCAUCUGCCCUGUGGGCCUUUUCCCUGGGGCAGCACCUUGCCCUCCCCAGGGGGUCACUCACUUGUCUUCUAUGAAGACGGACUCUUCAUGAGGUUGAAUUUCAUGCAAGUUUGUAUUUUUAUAAGUAUCUAGACCAAACCUUCAAUAAACCACUCAUCUUUUUGUUGCCCUCCCCAA